AUGGAGGGCAAGGUCCAUUCCAACUGUCCUGGUGCACACGGACUCAGCUUCUUCCUGACUCCGGAGAAUGGCUGGUGGUGCAGCGUCUGUGAAAAGGAGCACGCAAAGGGUUCCGGCUUCUAUGGCUGUCGCCAGUGCGACUACGAUGAAUGCCAGUGCUGCGCACUGACGCCGCAGCCGGCGUCCAAAGCUGCCGCACCGCAGCCGGAAUCUAGCAACAACUCCCAUGCCGAAACGACCAGCCGUGGCAAUAACGCCAUGAAGACGCCGCCUCCACCGCCUCCGCCUCCGCAGAAAGGAGCGGCCAAGACUCCGCCGGUCCCGCCGGAGCCUGUGAAGAAAGGCUCCUCGAACGCGGCAUCUUCGUCGUCGUCCUCCUCCACCUCCGGCCAAGAGUCCGGUCGGUCGAAGUCCAAGUCGAACUCGACGCGCUCGCGGUCCUCGCCCGUUCGCAGGAAGGGCAAGGAGGCGAAGAAGGAGAAGGAGAAGGAGAAGGAGAAGAAGAAGGAGGAGAAGGAGAAGGAGAAGAAGGAUGGGAAGAAGAAGGAUCCGAAGAAGAGCCAGGCCAAGCGGAAGGCCACG